UCAAGAAUCUCAUUAGCAAAGACUGUCAACAAAUUACCCAUCCUAUUUACCUUUGGAGCGAGAACACCAAAGACCAUUGGAAACUCAUUAACAAUUGGUUGCACGACCAAGAGAUGCGCAAUAAAUUUGUGGCUCAAAAUCUUGGAAAACAUUUACCAGAUCAUCUUGAAUUCAACGUUCUUUUCAAAUUGUCAUUGAAAUCUCUUAAAAGAUUUGGGUGCAUACGCAAAUCAUGGGCUCUCUUGUUGGAAAAUCCAAAUUUCACGAACCUUUUGCGCUUUAAUUUGAUAUGGAACCAAAAUUCAUGCUUUGAUGAUACCUCUCUCCUACUAUGCCUCGGUCCAGUUAACAACCAAAUUAUUCCUAAGUCUUCCUUAUAUUCACUUUGUGGUAAUAAGUUUCAGAAUUUGGAAAUAUUAAAUUGGCCAAAUCCACAUAUAGAAGGUCACGCUUAUGGAUGUUAUAUUUUGGGUUCUUCUAGUAUUAAUGGAAUUAUUUGCCUCUACCUAGAAAGUACAGGAAUUGUGUAUUUAUGGAAUCCUUCUACCAAUGAAUGUAAGGUCACACCGCCUAGCCCAACUGAGGAUAUACCGUAUUAUGUCGACAUUAUGAUUAAAUAUGAAGGAUUUGGGUAUGAUUGGGCUAGAGAUGAUUAUAAGGUGAUUAGAAACGUAUGUUAUUUUGAAGAUGGACACUUGGACGGAAUUAAUUAUGGGGAAUGGGAUUUUAGAGAUUUAUGGGAGAUUUAUAGCCUAAGAAGUAAUUCUUGGAGGAAACUUAAUAUUGAAUUGCUUAACUGCCAGGGUAUUAAUGAUACAUUCUACUUAAAGGGAAUGUGCCAUUGGUUGUGUAACAAUGACAAGGAAGGAUAUUUGGUAUCAUUUGACAUAAGCAAUGAGGUAUGUUAUACCACCCUCACACCCUUAGAUAUACCCAUAGAAAUAUACAAUGAUUUUAAUUUGUAUUUGGUGAGGAGAAAAUUAUUUCUCUUAAAUGGGUUCAUUGCUUUAAUGUCAAAUUAUAACGAUACAACUAUAUUUUACAUAUCAAUUCUGGUUGAAGUUGGUAAGAAAGAAACAUGGACUAAAAUCUUUACUAUUGGACCUUUACCUUCACUUUCGUUUCCAAUUGGAACAAGUAAUAUGGGCAAUAUACUCUUCCAAACAAAUGAUGGUGACCUAGCUUGGUUUGACUUAAGAACCAACCUGAUUGAGAAGCUUGGUGUCAAUGUACAUGAACGUAAUUGCCAAAUAAUACUUUAUAAGAAAAGUCUUUCCGAUCGAAGGAUAAAUACAUAAUGUCUUCUUUUGUUUUCACCUAAAUGACUUAUGACUACUUAUAUUAGAGUUUUCUCCUACAAAUAUCCAAAGUGGCUUGUCAGUUUCUCAUUGUAGUUCUCUCAGUUUAUGCCCCCCUUUGUGGCAAAGUGGAAAU